GCCUAAAACCUCUUGAACCCUAACUGCUGAGCUCUCUUUAGCACCUAUAGCAGACUCUCAAGCCGCCUGUUUGUGCUGCGGGAAUGGGAAGAAACGAAGAUGUCCGUUUCAUAUCGUCCAACAUCAAAAUCCCUCCUUUUCCUAAAUAUCAUCCUUUCCCCCAACUAUCUGCCCUGCCCUUUGCCCGCCAUGACUUCUCCUUUCACCUUCAAAGAGCCAAAGAAUCAAUUCAUCGAUUGGCAGCCUCGUUCACUCGGGCUUGGGGGCGGCCAAAUCUCCUAUGCUCGUCUUCGCUCGCCUUUACUCGGCCGGAGCAGGAGCAGAAUCCGCGGAGGCCUCAGCACGCGAAAGAGGACGAGGAGCGAGUCCUCAUCAGCGAGGUUUUGAUUCGGAGCAAGGAUGGGGAGGUGCUCGAACGUACAGAUCUCGAGGCUGCGGCUGCCGGUGCGCUCAAGUUCAGCCGCCCUAAUUCGGCCCUAACAGUUCGAGAAGUGCAGGAGGACGUGCACCGUAUAAUCGAUAGCGGUGUUUUUUGUUCUUGCAUGCCAGUCGCUGUCGACACGCGGGAUGGGAUCAGGUUGAUUUUCCAGGUUGAACCUAAUCAAGAGUUUCAUGGUUUAAUAUGUGAAGGAGCAAAUGUUCUUCCCUCAAAGUUCUUGGAGGAUGCAUUUCAUGAUGGAUAUGGAAAAAUAGUCAAUAUACGACAUUUGGACAAAAUUAUCAAAUCCAUCAAUGGGUGGUAUAUUGAGCGUGGAUUGUUUGGAAUGGUUUCAGAUGUUGAGAUUCUCUCUGGUGGAAUACUUAAACUACAAGUCUCUGAAGCUGAGGUCAAUAACAUCAACAUUCGCUUUCUUGAUAGAAAAACUGGUGAGCCAACAGAUGGGAGGACCAAAACUGAGACGAUACUUCGACAACUCACAACCAAAAAGGGACAGGUUUAUAGUUUGCUUCAAGGAAGAAGAGAUGUAGAAACAAUUUUAACUAUGGGAAUUAUGGAAGAUGUGACAAUUAUUCCACAACCAAGUUCAGAUGGACGGAAGGUUGAUUUGGUUAUGAAUCUGGUUGAGCGCCCAAGUGGUGGUUUCUCUGCAGGUGGGGGAAUAUCAAGCGGGAUUACAAAUGGUCCUCUGUCAGGACUCAUUGGGAGCUUUGCUUAUUCUCAUAGGAAUGUAUUUGGGAGAAAUCAAAAGCUCAACCUUUCAUUAGAAAGGGGACAAAUUGAUUCCAUAUUUCGAAUAAAUUAUAGUGAUCCAUGGAUUGAAGGUGAUGACAAGAGAACAUCCAGAACUAUCAUGAUUCAGAAUUCAAGGACUCCAGGAACUCUUGUCCAUGGGGGUCAACAAUCUGGUCAUAGUGGCCUGACAAUCAGACGAGUUACUGCUGGAAUUGAAUUUAGUCGUCCUGUUAGGCCCCAAUGGAGUGGAACGGCUGGUAUAAUAUUUCAGCAUGCUGGUGCGCGUGAUGAUAAAGGCAAUCCCCUCAUCAGAGAUAUUUAUAAUUGCCCUUUAACUGCAAGCGGCAAUCCUUAUGAUCAAAUGCUGAUUUCAAAACUUGAAGGUGUUUAUACGGGCUCUAAUGACUAUGGAUCUUCAAUGUUCUCAUUCAACGUGGAACAGGGGCUUCCAGUUCAUUCAGAAUGGCUAUGUUUCAAUCGUGUUAGUGGUCGUGCCAGACAAUGCCUAGAAGUGGGCCCAUUACGAUUCCUUUUAAGCUUAUCGGGAGGCCAUGUAGUGGGUAAUUUCUCUCCUCAUGAAGCAUUUGCAAUUGGAGGAACCAACAGUGUAAGAGGAUAUGAAGAAGGUGCAGUGGGUUCUGGACGUUCAUAUGCUGUCGGGAGUGCAGAAAUGUCUUCCCGCUUGGUUGGACCCGUAGAAGUUGUGUUGUUUGGUGACUAUGGUAGUGAUUUUGGUUCAGGCUCAACUGUUCCUGGUGAUCCUGCUGGCGCAAGGGGAAAGCCUGGCUAUGGCCAUGGCUAUGGUGUGGGCAUUCGCGUGGACUCCCCAUUGGGGCCCCUCCGUCUGGAAUAUGCCCUCAAUGACAAAUUUGCGAGGAGGUUCCAUUUUGGAGUCGGCCUUAGGAACUAAAAGUCUCUUGAUUUCCCUCUCCAACAAAAUUACCUCAGGCUAUAUCAUUUCAUUUCAUUUUUUUUCUUCCUUAUGCGGUUCAUUCGGCUUCAUGAGAGCAUCAGCAGGUGCACCAGUAGCAAAUUCUGAUCCAUCUUGUUUUACUUAGUUCAGAAAAGUUGAUUAUUUGUGAAGUUCCUUUCAUUUUUAUUCAAUUUACCUUACUGUGAUUUCUACCUUUUGAACUGUUGCACUAACCGUUGGCCGAAUUUCAGUAAUAGCAUCGUAGAGGCGGGGAAAUUUGGUGCA